GUAGAUUGAUGGCGUGACCCCCAGUGACCUCUCUGAUCUUUACUUUAAACGGUUUUAUACUCAUGAAUGAAGUGAGUGGUGCUGAAGAAGUGGAGAAGAUUUAUGAGUGCUGUUUGUCCUUGUGAUCGAGGAUGGCUGCCAUCUGUCCAUCCGUCCAUCAGCCACAUAAAAGCGCAUUGUCUCUGAGCGCUGAUCUUCCAGUUCUGCCUCCAGCUCCACACCACAGCUCACCUCCACACCACAGGUCUCAGCAUGAGCGACAUCACGCUCCCAAACCGAUGCCUCCUCGGGCAAAUGUUAAGCCAAAGUCGAAGAUCUCCGCCUCGAGGAAACUCUCACUGAAGAUGCUGCUCCUGCAGAGGGCGGUGGACGACUUGGAGCAGGAGAAAAGCACCCGUGAUGAGGAGAAAGUGCGCUACCUGGGGGAGAAACUGCCUCCACUGCAGAUCUCCGGACUCUCCAUGGACGACCUGCAGAAAUUGUGUCGACAGCUUCACACUAAAAUCGACGUGGUGGAUGAGGAGAGAUACGACUUUGAAGCAAAAGUGAACAAGAACAAUAAAGAAAUUCAUGAGCUGAAGCUGAAGGUGCAGGAUCUCGGGGGUAAGUUUAAGAAGCCAGCUCUGAGGAAGGUUCGUGUGUCGGCUGAUGAGAUGAUGAGAGCUUUACUCGGCUCCAAACACAAAGGCUCCAUGGACCUCCGAGCUAACCUGAAGUCCGUCAAGAAGGAGGACAUUAAACAGGAGAAGGUGCUGACCAGCGAAGUGGGAGACUGGCGUAAGAACGUGGAGGCCAUGUCAGGAAUGGAGGGCAGGAAGAAGAUGUUUGAUGCUGCAGGUGGAGGACAGUAAACACGGCAAUGCUGUACAGAACAGUGUGUGUGUGUGUGUGUGUGUGUGUGUGUGUGUGUAAAGUCAGAAACAUACUGAAAAUAAGAACAAUGUGAUGUAUCUUUGCAGUCGUUACGUGUAACGUGUGUUUGAUCAGUGUUACACAGUCACUGCUAAUAUUUCCCAUUUCUCACUGUUUCAGUUCCUCUUCAUCAUCAGAACAAUCAAUUACUUCAAUGUUCAUGUCUGGAUUUAUGUUAAUGUCUAUCAAAUAUAAUCUUUUUUU